AAAGCGUCUUAGAUAUUUCAAGGUCACGGCGCCAAGUUCAGUGCAUGAUGCUAACGUGCGAUCGAUUCACAGGGGAUUUUGUACAAAACGUGAUAGUUGAGCGUCUAUAACAAAUAAAACGGUGAGACCAUAAUUUGUGGACAAAUCGAGCAGGUAUAAGAUAACGGAUCUCAGAUUUUGGCGCGAAAGCUUUUUGUCUAUUUGGCUAAGUAGAUUUCUGGCAUUAUAGCUGAUAUCAGUUCGUGAUGAAAACCCUAUAUAUAAUUCCUAACUAAAGCAAAUCAUGAUAAUUAUUGAGAACUGGAUAAUAAAAUCACCAGUAACACUGGCUGCAGCCAGGUACUACAAUAUAUACGGAUGAUUGGAGAGCGUACAGACUCCUGCAUGGGCUUGGUUUUGUGCAUCGUGUCGUUAUCCGCUAUUGGUAUUUUGCGUACUAGACAACUGGAGUUCACACAAACAAUAUUGAAACUAUGUGGUCGAAGCUGAAAAAGUUUUUGAAACUUUAUCAUGGCUCCAGAUGUCUACUGUUCUCUAGCUAUAUGGAUGACUUCCUCUACUUCAUGCAUUACAAUUUUAGAACCUCUGAACCUUUUUCUAGCCUUGACAAGUUUUUUGAACCAUGUAUAAGAAAUGUAUCCACAUUAUUUCUUUGGUUUUGCAUAAUAUAUUAUUACUCUACUGACUGUUUGCUGAUUGGUUCAAAGGUCGUCCAUAAAUUAUAGUAUCGCCGAGAGACUCAACGGCUUUACUCAGAUCUAUGAGAGUUACAUUCAUUGGAAUAUUUCUGUCUUUCGCUGCAGCCCAAUCUUCUCCCGCAUGAUAGACCUUUCUUAAAACCAUGUUUUUCCUUGCUUAAAAAAUUCCGGGUAAUUUUGGGUGAAUUUUCGGGAAAGAAUUUGAUCAUUCUUAGGAAAAAUCGCUGACUUGAGUAAAUUAUAAAUUGGAUUACAUUCACUUAUACUGAUCAGUAAAUAAAUGUUCUUUGAACCCAUAUCAAGCUUCUCGCUUGCAUCGAGUAUGUUGAAACUAAUUAAAUGUAGCGUCUCAACAUUGAAAUAUAUGAGCAUCUCGUCGGGACUAAGUUUUCUUCACAUAUGUGCGCAAACCCCUCAUUAAUUAUUUUUUAGAUGAUGGUUGACGACAAUUAAUUUUUCUGUCAUCUUCGAUGUUGACGUUUCUCCGAUCUUUCUAUGCAAAUAUUAUUGACCACUACUCAUGUAAAAAUUAAUAAUAAAUCGUUCUCAUUCAAACCACUAUUUUGUUUCAUGUUUUGUACUCAGAUAAUUUGAUUGACUUGGGGAAUUAAAGGCGAACUUCCUAAGUACACAGUAUACUUGUCCGUUGAGUCUUGAGAAAAAUGUACUAUUUUGCUUGUUACUACUGCAAAAAAGUUUUUCUUGACAUUUUUCUGGUAGUAACAAGUUUAAACAACCUGACAACCUUUUCGUAAUCGCAUUAGCCAUUUUGUUUCUCAACAAGUUACCAUUUCCUCAGCACAAUAUGUUAAAUAUUGUGGGACAUUUACCUCAAAAGUACAGUGACAAUAUUCUUGUUACUCAUAAUAAUCAUGAUAUGGUAUAUGAAGUUAGAGGAUUUCAAUUGCAUUCACUUCAUUUACCAUCAAUGCAAACAAAUAAUGACAGCAAAAAGAUACCUAUUGAAACAAAUCUUGUGGAUAUCGACUAUUCACCUGGAAUAUCUUCGUUACUAUGUUGUUCUGAUAAAGGAGAUGUCCAGAUAUGGGAUAUAAGAGAUAACAUUCCACAGCCCACUAUCCAGUCUUAUAAACAGUUUAUGAAUGUACCUUUCACUUGUUGUUCUAUCAGUGCAGAUGGCAGUCUAAUUUGUUGUGGUACAGAAGUUUACAGAUUGAAAAAGAAACGUCGAAAACAUAACUCCAGAAAUAUUAGUGAAUACGAUGAGGAAACAGCUCAAUUAGUUUAUUGGGACACACGAAAUUUAUCAUCUCCGUUGGGUAUUAUUAAAGAUUUACAUUCAGAUGAUAUUGUUGAUGUAAAAUUCGACCCUACUUCUGUUCCUGGUUAUCUACGCCUAAUGGAUUGUUCUGAAGAUGGCGUAAUAUGCUUGUAUGAUAUGAAUGCAGAGGCAAUUUCACAGGAUAAUUCUCUUUUAUAUAUGUUCAAUUCAGAAUCAGUGGCUAGUUCAUGUGAUUGGUUAAUAUCACAUAAUGAUCUAUCUUCUAAUUCCGCUGCUGUUGGCGUCUAUUGUACAACUACAAUGCGAUCAAAUAUUAAGGCAUGGCCAAUACACCCAUCAAUGUUACAUAAUAAUAAUAUGGUUGAAGAAGAAAACUUCAAAGAAGACAAAGAAUCAUUCAGUUUAUCUGAAAAAGAUGAGGAAGAACUAACUGAGAAAACACGAUUAUGGAAUUCUAAAUUUAAUACGAAUAAUCCUAAUAGUGACGAUAAUGAUAAUAAGAUUUUAAAAGGUAAAAACUUUUUCAACAUGAUUCUAAUUCAAACUAAUUCAUCUGAUGAAUUUCUACUACUCGGUGACAGUAAUACCAAUGAUGAUAAUAAUAACAAUAAUCAAAAUUAUCCAACAGUUUUCCAUUCAAAUCAUCAAUCAGAUUGGACAAUGUCUUAUUUGCCAUCAAAUAUCACUAUGAGGAAAUCUCAACCAAUUAAUAGUAGUUUUAAUUUACAAUAUGCCGAUUUUAUAGGUAAACUAACCGAUAAUCACAGUAAGGAUAAUACUAUGAAACAAUUAUGCUUUAUGGUUGGUUCACAAUCGACUGUGCUAUGCUCUUAUGAAAUAUCAUUAUCAACUUGAUUAUUAUCCCAAUGAUAAUUAGGUAUGUUUUUCCUUGAUGUCGUUCUGUUGAAAACUAAUGUGUACAUAUUCACUUUCCAUUUUUAUAUUGGAUUGUGAUAAAUUUAUGUUGUGUUAGAGGGCAAUUAUUUUUGCAUACUGUAAAGUCUCCCUUCUUUAUCUCUCAUGUAAUAAUAUAUUGCUGAAUUAAAA